CGCGGACGGACCAGGAGGCCGGACUUCAAUUGCCGGCGCUCCCGCAGUACUGCAUCUGGCCCAGAGUCUCGGCGGAAAAAUGUUACCCUCGUUGAAACUGUCAAGCAGGAGCUGCUCAAUCCAGUUUCUUGCUUGCCGCCUUUCCCUUUGGGAAAGACACUCCUCCAGGCUCAGGAAUACAUUCUGCGUCCACAAAGGCCUACAUACCAGCAGGAUAGUUUAUUAUGGGCGAGUUGCCCCGGUCUUCACCAGAGCCUUGGCCUUUGGGGAGAAAGUUGCCAUCGUUGACCAGAGUGGCGAGCACACCUACAAGGACCUGUACUCUCAAAGCUUCCUCUUGUCCCAGAAACUCUGCGGGAUUUUGGGGUGCUCCAGCGGAGACCUGAACGGUGAGCGGAUUUCAUUUCUGUGUCCCAACGAUGCUUCCUAUGUAACCGCCCAGUGGGCUGCAUGGAUGAGUGGGGGCGUAGCCGUCCCCCUCUACAGGAAGCACCCCGCUUCAGAGCUGGAGUAUUUCAUCAAGGACUCUCGGAGCGCUCUCCUGGUGGCGGAGGAAAGCUACGUGGCGAAGAUGGCACCCACUGCAGAGCGGCUCGGAGUGCCCGUGGUGCCCCUUCCGCGCUCUGGGAAGUGUUCACCGACUGACGAGUCCUCUUGGGAAGCCAGGUGUCCCAUUUCGGAGUGGAAAGGCAGGGGAGCGAUGAUCAUUUACACGAGCGGCACCACUGGAAGGCCCAAAGGAGUCCUCAGCACCCACCAGAACGUCCAGGCUGUGAUAACCGGGCUGGUUGAUAAAUGGCAGUGGACCAAGGAUGACGUGAUCCUCCACGUGCUCCCUCUGCACCACGUCCACGGGGUGGUCAACAAGCUGCUGUGCCCACUCUGGGUUGGCGCCACCUGCAUCAUGCUCCCCGAAUUCAGUGCGCAGAUGGUCUGGGAGCGCUUCCUGGACCCCCAAGCCCCCAGAGUCAACGUCUUCAUGGCAGUGCCAACCAUUUACGCUAAGCUGAUCGAGUAUUAUGACAAACACUUCUCUCAGCCUCAUGUCCAGGAUUUUGUGCGCGCCGUUUGCCAAGAUAACAUUCGGUUGAUGGUCUCUGGGUCUGCAGCCCUUCCAGUGCCUGUCCUGGAGAGGUGGAGGAGCAUCACCGGGCACACGCUGCUGGAGAGAUACGGGAUGACGGAGGUCGGGAUGGCGCUUUCCAACCCACUGGACGGAGCCCGCGUUCCCGGUUCGGUAGGGACUCCGCUGCCAGGGGUGAAGGUCCGCAUUGCCACUGAGAGCUCCCAGCGGGAGGGCCCCGCCUACACCAUCCACGCUGAAGGCGAUGAGCACGGCACCAAGGUAACUCCAGGCUUGGAAGACAAAGAAGGGGAGCUCUUUGUGAAGGGGCCAACAGUGUUUCAGGAAUACUGGAGCAGACCUAAGGAGACCAGAGACGCCUUUACUCCGGACGGCUGGUUUAAAACAGGUGACACAGCCGUGUAUAAGGAGGGCACCUACUGGAUCAGAGGCCGGACCUCUGUUGACAUCAUCAAAACGGGCGGCUACAAAAUCAGCGCCCUCGAAGUCGAGCGCCAUCUGCUGGCCCACCCCAGCGUUGCUGAUGUGGCUGUGAUUGGUCCUCCGGACCCCACGUGGGGCCAGAGAGUCAGCGCCGUGGUGAAGCUCCAGGAGGGAAAAGCCUUGUCUCUCAAGGAACUGAAGGACUGGGCCAGGGAGUCCAUGGCACCCUACACCAUUCCCUCCGAACUGCUCCUGGUGGAGGAGAUCCCGCGGAACCAGAUGGGCAAAGUGGACAAGAAACAGCUCCUCAGGCAAUUCUACUCCCCCUAGCGAUGGUGGCACCCGGUGGGAGUCCACCUGCACGGCUAGGCUUCCCGGAAGCCGCCUUGCGCUCUGUAGAGGACCGCAGGCGAUGUGCGAAGGGGCUUUGCGUGGGUACACUGGGUUGCCCUCCUUUGCAGGAUCCAGACCAUGUGCCAGUGUGAC